GGAACUGCAUAUACCGAAUUAUGGUUUAAGUACAUGUUAAAGGAAUAUGUCGCAUGCGUUUUACACUUUAUUCUGGCGAGCCGAGGUCAGAUUAAGCUACGUUGUUUAGUAAAUUAAGCAAUCAAGUUUUUAAAACUUUCCUGUCUGUUGGAGGGGGCGUUUUAGAAUGCCAGUCCCUUCUACCGGAUGUCUUCGUAGUGAAAGUAAUCUCACCUGUAGUGGAGCACUCGUCUACACUGGAUUAGAAAGCGUAAAUAAUACUGUACAGGCUUUCUCAAACUGUAUGCGACUGUACUACGUUCUAAAAUGGCUUCUCAUUCUAACAGUUUGACAGGUCUUGUAGCUGCCACGUUCACGCCAUUUGAUAAAGAUGGGGAGGUUAACCUUUCUGUAAUUGGUGACUACGUUGACUACCUUGUUAAAAAGCAGGAAGUUAGAAGUGUUUUUGUCAAUGGCACAAGCGGAGAAGGCCUAUCCUUAAGUGUUGAAGAGAGGAAACAGCUAGCAGCCGAGUGGGUAAAGCAAGGCAAAAAUAAACUUGAUCAUGUAAUCAUUCAUGUAGGAAGCAUGUCUUUGAAAGAAUCGCAAGAGCUGGCUGCACAUGCUGCUGAAAUAAAAGCUGAUGGUAUUGCUGUGAUUUCACCAUUUUUUCUCAAGCCAAGAAGUAGUGAAGGAUUAGUGCUGUUUAUACAGAAAAUUGCAUCAGCUGCUCCAGCAUUACCAUUGUAUUACUACCACAUUCCCGAGCUAACUGGCGUGAAAGUUCUUGCUGAGGAUGUAUUGGAUGAGAUUAUGGGAAAAGUUCCAACCUUCCAGGGACUGAAAUAUAGCAGUAGUGACCUGCUUGACUUUGGACGAUGUGUUAACAAGUACAAGAAUUCACUAUCCUUACUUUACGGGAAGGAUGAGGAAUUACUGGGAGGCUUAGUUCUGGGAGCAUCAGGUGCUAUUGGCAGUACUUACAAUUACUUGGGCUGGUGGAACAACAAGAUGCUAGACAGUUUUCACCAAAGCAAGUAUGAGGAAGCAAAGAAUCAGCAGUAUACAGUGCAAGAAUUUGUAAGUUUUGCUUACAAACUAGGCUUUGGAAUACCUGAAAACAAGUCUGUCAUGUCAUGGUAUUCUGGCAUUCCGAUGGGUCCCCCACGGCUCCCUUUAAUGCCAUGUGCCAAAGAAAAUGGUGAUCUACUAACAAAGAAGAUGAAAGAUCUCAAGCUCUGGCCUGUACCUUAACAUUUCUGAACAUUUGCACAGAAGACCUUACUAUUAGAAUUUUGAGCAAAGGUUGGCUGAUCUUUCCUAAAAUGGAAUGUCAUCCAUGCUCCUUUAUUCAGCACUAUGUUUGGGUAGUGUCAUUCCAUAAUUGCCUUUCAUUUUUACAUUUUUUUUUUCAGGAGUGAAGAUCUGAAUCUGUACUGUAAGGGCUCAACCAAUUGCACAUGUUUGUUCUUUUAAGUGAACUUGUGCCACGUUUUUUGCACUAUUUUAAAUACAGUGGAAAUGCAUGGUAGUGUUAGUUGAAGGGAUUUUAGCAGCAGUGACUCUUGUAGGGGGAAACAGUAUUUUUUUUACACAGAUUAUCCUGAAACUAAGUAAGCAUUUUGAAAUGUACACUUCUGACAAAACAUGUAAAACUUGUAAGUUGGACAUGAAAUAUCUAAGGUUUCUUUCAGAGCACCAUAUUAAUUAAAAAAAGAAAAUCUUAACAUGUUGGCUGCUAGAUAUUGUGUGCGUCAGCUAUGUAUUAUUUUACUGAUAUAAACAAGAAAAAAACAUGGUUAUGGUUAUGCUUCUACAGGUAUAUGUCAUAAGUGAGCCUAGUGAUGUCUGCCUGUUGCAUGUAAUGUUUUUGCAUGUUUGUGGCUGAAAAUCAUCCAAGAGCAAGCAUAUUUACUUUAGCAAAUAUUAAGUCAAAUAAACCAUGUUAUGCAGGAGUAUUUCUGAUGUUUUUCUUCUGUAAACUCCUUUACAUUAAACCCUUGUAGUGCAGAUUCUUUCACGUAAUGCUUUUUAUAUGGUUUAUUCAUGCUAAAAUUAAAGCAGUGUCCUUUAUAAAACACAGUGCUGUAAAGCCAUUUUUAUCAUUGUUGUGCAGCUUGCAAUAAUUAUCAAAUGAAGUUGCACUGUUUUUACUCGCGGCUGUGUUUUUCUAAUGAUUUUAUUUGCAUAAUUAAUCAUCAGCAAUUCCUGAAUGUUAGUCAUUUAAAAAUCAUGAUGUUAAUCCUUUCGGGUGUUAACAUGAUUAUAAGAACAGAACAGUUUUGCAUGCUUUUUUAAUGAUUAACUGUUGGCCAGCACUGCUCAAUAAAAUUAAAAUCUGUGCUUAA